AUGCAGCAUAAGAACCUGGACUUAAAUCAUAAAGUGCAUAGUGCUAGGGAAGUCACACUUGGAAAAAUUUUGAAACCCCUUUGGUCCGAACCAUAUGGGGAUUCAGCUGAAGACGAAGCAAUUUCGUCGCGUAGCAGGGAGAAUGGUGAGAUGAAAUCUGCAAAGUUUCGGGGGUUCGCUGUCAUCGGCUUUGGACAAGAUCAAUUAUAA